AUGCGUGAUUUUAAAUAUUCUCAGACUUCAUUUGAAAAAAUUGAACCCAAAUUACUAAAGAGUCAAAAACAUAAGGAUGAUGAAUUAACAAAUAAUGAUGAUAAAUCGAAAAAAUCAUCUCGUAAUAAUAGUGAUGGUUGGAUGUUACUUGACCAUGCGGCACUCAUUACUUCCCAGGCAACUAUUUUAACAACAAAUUUUUUUACUCAUCAUUUAUCAGGUCCAAGAAAACCUUCUUGGCCAAUUCAACUUACUUUAAUGUGCGCUUCAAUGAGAGCGUUAACGGAUCAUACUCAUCUAGCUGAUAUAGAAACUUUAAGACGUUUAAUUAAUAUCCCUUUCACUUUUGUUCCAUCUGAUAUUAUUGUAACUCCUGUUUCAUUUAAAGUUUUAAAUAAAGGUUUGCAAGGAAUACUUAAAAACCUUGAAGAGAAAGAAACUGGUAAUAGAGAGAUAAGCUGUGAAUGGAUCGUACCUAAAUCACUUUGGAGGAAAAUUAAUGAUGAUUAUCGUUUAUCUGCCUCUUGUUGUACUCAUUUUUUUAUCGAUGAUGAUGGUAUAAAAUGGUCAAAUGAGAAAGUUAUCAUGUAUAUACAUGGUGGUGCUUAUUAUUUAAUGUCUGCUAAGACUCAUCGUGAGAUAAAUUAUCGUCUUUCAAAGGCAACUGGAAGAAGGGUUUUUGCGGUAAAUUAUAGACUCGCCCCAGAAGGUCCUUUCCCUUGUGGUCUUCAUGAUGUUGUUCAUUCUUUCCUUUAUUUGACUGACCCUAAUGGCUUGGCUAUUCAGCCUGAAAAUAUUGUUAUUGCUGGGGAUAGUGCAGGAGGUGGCUUAUCUUUGGCGUUAUUGUAUUAUCUUAAGGACAAUCACAUGCCGUUACCUGGAGGCGCAGUUUUAUUUUCUCCUUGGUUAGACUUAACGAUGUCGUGUUCAAGUUGGGAUCAAAAUCAACCUUAUGAUUAUCUCUUUAAACCAAAAGAUGAUGAUCCUUUAAAUCCAGUAAAGUUAUAUUUACAUCCUUAUGAAGAACGUGCUAAAUUAGUUAAUCAUCCUUACGUAUCACCUUUAUUUGGAGAUUUAAAUAAUUUACCCCCUUUAUUAAUUCAAUGUGGUGAUUCUGAAGUGUUGAAAGAUGAAAUUUACUUAGUUGCAAAUAAAGCAUCAGAAACUGGAACAACAUUUGUUCAAUAUGAAGUUUAUGAAGAUAUGGUGCAUGUUUUUCAAAUGUUUAACUUCCUUGAACCAGCAGCAAAGGCUAUGGAUUCGGUGGGUUACUUUGUUAAAAAUAUUAUACCAAUUCACCAAAGGAACACGUUAUUGUCUCAAGCAAAUCACAAAAGAUAUUCCGUACUAGGUUAUAAUUUACAAUGUCCCGUAGAAUUAUUAAGAUCGCAAAAUCCCACACCUGGUCAUAUGAGCCUACUUCCUUCAAAUAAAGUUGAUAAAUCAACUUCAACACAAGAAGAUGGAAUCAUUAUUAAUCACCCUUCGUCAAAUAAUUAUUAUUCAAAAAGAAAGGAUAACAAAACUACGAGUUUACCUUCACAGAAUUAUCCUAUGAUGAGCACUUCCUCGGCUUGCUUUUAUAAUCGUAAUAAUAGAAUUGGAGAACAUUAUAAUCAACAACAACAACAUCAUCAUCAUCAACAAAUACGAUCCCGACCUACAAUCAGAUCAUUAAGGUCUUCAAGUUAUCCUGAUUUAAAACAAUUAGUUUCUAAAGAAUAUAAUGAAAAUUCUGUUGUUAAUAAACCUGGUUUCGUGAAUUUUGAUGGUAAAACUGAAGAAGUUAGUGAUGUUAAUUAUGAACCAAAAAAAAAUACGAAUGGUAUGAUUAAUAAAAAGGAUGUUAGCGUUGGAUGA